AUGGAUGCCAUGCCCGAGCUCCGCCUCCCUCUGCUUCUAGAUGACGGGCGACCCAGAACCAUCAGCAUCCAAACAAGCAGCGCAGUGAUCCCGCAGGCGCAGAUGGUUUUCUUUCAUGGGGCCUCUUCUAAAUCAAUAACAGCAGAUCCAGUGUUGCCAAUGGGCCUCGGCCCGUAUCUCUCCCGGUGUAGCCAUCGCCCAGCGCGCAGCAGGCCGCUAUCCGCCGCUGCCUCUACACAGAUAUGGAUAAAGAUAAAGGCAUUCUACGACUACGAAAUCCAAAUGGAAGCAAGCCCUCCCUUGCUUGGUAGACAAUCCAUUCCUAACUUCGACAAGGUCCAUUCGGCAGAAAUGGAAAGGAAGCAUUCUGCAAGAUUUGGUAAUACUCGUACUCUGCAUGCUUAUGGAUGA